CGACCAAUAGUCGUUCAGCUUCAGUCAACGCUGUGGGUUUGAAUUUGAAAACGUUUCAGCGAGUGAUUCAAUGUGCGUCCUUGCUUCAUCUCACCCAAAAAUCAAGAGUCCGCCAUGAAGUUUAAUAUGAACAAGGCGGGACCGCUUUUGGCAUGGAUAAACACCGUGUUUCCAGAGAAGCACCUCUCGGAGUUCGUUCCCAUGAGAGAUGGGUUUGCACUCCUGAAGAUCUGCUUCAAACUAAGGGGGAUGGAGAACACUGAGGAUUUUAAGACUUUAUCCCUCUGUAAGAAAGUGGAAAUCAUCUUCAAUGUUUUGCGGGAUGACUUUCAGCUCACCAAAAGACAAAGUUCCCUCAUCUUACAGAAGAUCAGUGCAGGGACUGACCUGGAGCUUCAGCUGGCCAAGGUGGCGCUUCUGCUUUGUUACUGCACUUUUAAAAAGGGCAUCCUGCUCCACAUGGAUUCGAAUAUAGAGUCGGAAAUUACAUCCAUGUUUCGUUUUGUAAAAGAUGAUGCUGAUGGUCUGUCGUUGGACGAAGGCCUAGAUCAGUUUCUAGACCAAAACUCUGUUAUGAACGUUGCGAACUCCAGCAGUAUGAGCAGUGGCAGCUCUCUGUUAAAUACAGACGACGAGUCUCCGAUCGUCAGCCGCUUUCAACGGCCUCCUAGAGUUCAGUUUCAAGAGCUUUGCACAGUGGCUUCCAGCUCGGACCGCUCUCCAGUGCAGGACGUAAUGAGCACCCCACAUUUCCAGUUGAAGAAACUCCGGAAAGAAUUGGCACAUGAGGGAGACGUGAGAGACGAGCUGGAGAAAGAACUGGCCGAUCAGAUCAGCAUCAUCUCAGAGAAAGAGGGUCUGAUUUCGCAGUUACAGCACAGGGUUGAGCGAAUGCUGCGGGAACAAGGCGAGCUGGAGAAAGACCAUAAAGCUGCACUGCUGGAGCUCCAGGAGAAGAACGAGAGUCUUCUCCACAGAGUGCAUGAGGUUCUAAAGCAAUGCCAAGACUUAAAAACAGACAACUCCCAAAAAGAGAGAAAGAUUGAUGAACUGACAGAGGAGAAUGGAACGCUUACUGCACAGGUGCGAAACGCCUUCGCUCAGCUUGCGAGAGCCGACGAGGAAGUUGCCAAACUCACGCUGGCUCACGAAUUGGCACAAACUGAGUGGAAGAGCAGAAAAGAGUUUCUGGAGAAGGAGUUAAAUGAGGCUGUCACACACAGGGAUUGUCUGAGUGAGCAGGUUCAGAUCCUUCAGGGAAAGAUCUCGGUUCUGGAGGAUGAACUCCAGAAAGCUAAAUCUCAAGAGAAGGGAGAGGUUUUGGGGCCCAUCUUGGAGUGGGAGAAGCUUAAACAGGAGUUGGCAGAUCUGACUCUUAAACUCGCCCAGCUUCAGGACACUAUUUUCCAUCUUGAGAAGGAGAAGGCAGAAGUUGAGGCUUUGCUGGCUGAGGAGAGAGGCUCUUUUGAAAAGGAAACCAAAAGACUCCAAAUGGUGGUGUUCGAUCUGGAGCAGUCCAUCAAUAGCAUCCGUUUAGAGAGAGAAACACUGCAGGAGGCUUUAUGGACACAGAAGGAAAUGCUUACCGCACAGAUAUCAGCUCUGGAAAGUGACGUUUCUCGCCUGCAACAGGUGGAAGUGCAGUUGGUGGCAGAGAUCAAAAUCUCUGCUGACCUUCGCCAACAGAGAGAGGAACUGGAGGGGAAGGUAGCCUCUUUAGAUAAGAUGGUUAAUGCUCUUCACACUGAGAUCCAGGGUUUAGAAGUGGAGAGAGCAUCACAGCAGGAUGCACUGAAUGCCCUUAUCAUUGACUUGCAAAGCGCCAGAGCCACCAUUCAGGAAUAUGAGAAGAAGCUGGAAGAGCAUCAAAAAGUUGUACAAGAGAAUGAAUCCCUGAAAAAGGAGGCAUGCACAUUGCAGCAGGAGCUUGAUGAGCAUCUGCAAUCCAUUGGAAACCUCCAGGAGCAAAUAUAUAUUCUCAGACAGGAGAAAACGGAGGAGGAGAAUAAGGUUAGUCAGGCUUUGGCCAAAAUCGAAAGCCUCCGAACACAAAUUCUGGAUCUGUCCGAACAGAUUUCCCUAAAAGAUGAAGAAAUCAGAAAUCUGAGGAACGAGUAUGACUCUGUAGACCACGAAUUAAAGCUUGUGAAGGAACAAAAUAUUGAAAUAAACGAAAUGAUCAAAUCAAAUCGAAAAGAGCAUGAGGACACUGUUAAGAAACUUCAGCAAGAACUUGACUCUGCUUCUUCAAUUGCUUCAGAAAAACAAGAAGAAAUGCUGGUUCUGUCAGCAGAGGUAACAUCUCUUAAAGAACAGAUCUGCCAUUACAGUGAAAAUGAAGUGCAGAAACAACAAGAGUUGUCUUUUUUAGAGGCACAACACAACGUGUUAAAGGAAAACAUGACUUCUAUUCAGAACCAGUUGGCCGAGGUGACAGCUACAGCUUCACAGAAGGAAUCUGAGCUCCACUUGCUUCAGCAGGAGCUUUGCCAUCAAGAAACCCUGAGAGAAAAAGCUCAGGAGCUUGAGAAAGCCAGACGUGAGGAGCUUGAGAGGACUGUGAGUGAACUUCAGGCCACAAUCCUAGAGGUCACCUCUCUUGUCUCACAGAGAGAAGCUUGCCUAAGUUCUCUUCGAGAUGAGAUGAAGGAUCAACAAUUGAGGGCCAAACAGUGUGAAGAUGAUCUACGCAAUGAGCUGAAGGAGAAGACUGGAAAUCUGCAGGAACUUCUAGACACUGCCAAUCGUGAUGCUGCAGACAAAGACCAUCUUCUGCAGUCUUUGAAUCAGAAGCUGAAGCAGAUUGAAUUGCUGUGCCAACAAAAAGAGAAAGAUGUCGGUGAGAUGCAUCAAGCAAAGGAAGACCUGGAAAAGAGGAUUACUGAGCAAAAACAACAACUGGAUGAGUGCCAGCAGAAUCUAGAAAUGCUGAGAAAAGAAAGAGACCAUCUCUCCACUCAAGUAUCAUCUCUCCAAGAGGAAAUCUGCCGUUCCCAGCAAGAAGUGUCUGUGUUACAGGCUGACCAUAACGUUUUGAAGGAAAAUCUGGCUGCUCUUCAGAACCAGUUGGUGGAGGUGACAACCACAGUUUCCCAAAAGGAAUCUAUGCUCCUCUUGCUUCAACAAGAGCUUUCCUGUCAAGUGAGUCUGAGAGAAAAAGCUCUGGAGCUUGAGACAAUCAAACGUGAAGAGUUUGAGAAAAAAGUGAGUGAGCUUCAGGCCAAAAUUCUAGAGGUCUCCACUCUCGCCUCUCAGAGAGAGGCUCAAGUAAUUUCCCUUCAAAAUGAGAUGAAGGAUCAACAGUCGCUUGCCAAACAAUCUGAAGAAGAUCUUCGCAGAGAGCUGGAAGAGAAGGUUUGCACCCUACAAGGAGAACUAGAUAUGGUCAAUCGUUGUGCUGCAGAUAAAGAAAAACUGCUGGGCUCAAAGCUCAAAGAGAUGGAAGGGCUUUUCCUUCAAAAAGAGAAAGAUUUCCUUGAAACGCAUCAGGCAAAGGAGGAGCUGGAGAAGAGGAUUGUUGAACUUCAUGUUGAGAAGCAAGAGCUUUCCGAGUGCCUGCAGAAUCAGGAAAUAUUGAGGAAGGAAAGAGACCACUUGUCAACUGAAGUAUCCUGUCUUAAAGAGGAAAUUUGUGGCUACCAGGACACUGAAGUGCAGAAGCAACAGGAGAUAUCCGUUUUAGAGGCUGAACGCAACACAUUUAGGGAGAACAUGGAUGCCCUUGAGAAGAAGUUGUUGGAGGAAACAACUGAAGCUUCACAGAAGCAAUCUGAACUUGUCUUGCUUAAAGACAAGCUUCACCAACUAGAGAGCCUUAGAGAAAAGGCUCAGGAGCUUGAGACUGCCAAGCGUGAGGAACUUGAGAGAAUGGUUAGUGAACUUCAAGUUAAAAUCCUAGAGGUCUCCACACUAGCCUCUGAGAGGGAGGCUUGUGUUAAUUCUCUUCAAGAUCAGUUGACGGAUCAGUUGAAGGCUAAACAGUCUGAAGAUGAUCUCCGUAGAUUGCUGAAAGAAAAGGUUGAAACCCUUCAGGGACAGUUGGAAACUGCCGAUCGAGACAUCUCAGACAAAGACAGAGUUCUGCAGACUUUGGAUCAGAAGCUGAAGCAGAUGGAUCUGCUGUGCCAGCAAAGGGAGAAAGAUGUCCAUGAUAUGCAUCAGGUAAAGGACAACUUAGAGAAGAAGAUUGGUGAGCUUGUUUUUGAGAAACAACAGCUGCUGGAGUGCCAGCAGAAUUUGGAAAUGGUGAGAAAGGAAAGAGACAUUCUGUCAACUGAAAUAAACUCUCUCAAAGAUGAAAUCCAAAAUUACAGAGAAACUGAAGUGCAGAAGCAACAGGAGAUUUCUUUUUUAGAGGCUGAGCACAACACAUUAAAAGACAACUUGGCUGCUCUUAAGACGCAAGUGGUGGAGUUGAAAACUACAGCUUCUCAGAAGGAAUCUGAGCUUCUGUUGCUUCAAAAGGAGGUUUGCGAUAAAGAGAACCUUAAAGAAAAGGCUCAGGAGCUUGAGAAAGAUGUAAGUGAACUUCAGGCUAAAAUCCUAGAGGUCUCUACUCUUGCUUCUGAGAGGGCAGCUCAAAUAAGUUCUCUUAAAGAUGAAAUAAAUGAUCAGCAGUUAAGGGCUAAACAGUCUGAGGAUGAUCUCCGCAGAGUGCUGGAAGAGAAUAUUGAAACCCUACAGAAGCAACUAGAAACUACCAGAGGCGACAUCACAGACAAAGAUCAUCUUUUGGAGUCCUUGGAUCAGAAGCUGACGCAGAUGAAACUGAAUUGCCAGCAAAAGGAGAAAGAUGUCCUUGAGAUCCAACACUCAAAGGAAGACCUGGAGAAGAGGAUUGGUGAGCUUCUUGUUGAGAAACAACAAAAACUGGAGGAGUACCAGCAGAAUUUGGAAACAGUGAGAAAGGAAAGGGACCACCUAUCAACUGAAGUAACCUCUCUCAAAGAUGAAAUCCGAAAUGACCAGGAAGAAAAAGGGCAGAAGCAACAGGAGAUUUCAGUUUUAGAGGCUGAACACAACACAUUAAAGGAGAACCUGGCUGCUCUUAAGAUACAAGUGGUGGAGUUGACGACUUCAGCUUCUCAAAAGGAAUCUGAGGUUCAGUUGCUUAAAAAGGAGGUUUGUGAAAAAGAGAACCUUAGAGAAAGGGCUCGGGAGCUUGAGAAAGAUGUCAGUGAACUUCAGGCUAAAAUCUUAGAGGUCUCUUCUCUUGCUUCUGAGAGGGAAGCUCAAAUAAGUUCUCUUAAAGAUGAAAUAAGUGAUCAGCAGUUAAGGGCCAAACAGUCUGAAGAUGAUCUCCAUAGGGGGUUGGAAGAAAAGAUUGAAACCCUUCAGGGACAAUUGGAAACUGCCAGUCGUGACAUCUCAGACAAAGACAGAGUUCUGCAGACUUUGGAUCAGAAGCUGAGGAAGAUGGAACUGCUGUGCCAACAAAAGGAGAAAGAUGUCCUUGAGAUGCAUCAGGUAAAAGAGGACCUGGAGAAGAGGAUUGUUGAGAUUAAUGUCGACAAACGUCAACUUGAUGGGUACAAGCAGAAUUUGGAGAUGCUGAGGCAAGAAAAGGAUCACAUGAGUUCUCUCAACCAGACUCUCCAGAGGGAGUGUGAUGCCUCCCAGAAGAUUCGAACUGAGCUGGAGUUGAUGGUAAAGGAGCAAAAUGGUUCCAUCCUUGCUCUUAAAAAGGCUUCUCAAAAGUGUGAUGAGCAGAAUCAGGAACUCCUGGAGCAGCUGAAGACUAAGUCAGAAGCAAUAGAGCACUACAAAGCACAGGUGGAGAAGGCCAAGAAUCACUACAAUGGUAAAAAGCAGCUGCUGGUGGAAUCUCAGGAGCUCAACAAAACUCUUGAGCACUCGUUGGAGGCCAGCAAGAGGGAAGUCAAAGCUCUGGAGACAGAACUGACAUUGGCUCGCAUGGAACUAGACCAGGCGAGCACCAAGGAGAAGAACCUUGUGGCCAAAGUGAAAAGCUUGGAGGCACAAGUGGACUUUGCUGACAGGCAGCUGCGAGAGCAGAAGAUGAUGACGGAUGACAAAGAGAACAUGAGACACAGAGAAAGUCUGUACAUCAGAGUCCCAGAGAAACAGCAGGACACAAGUAUAGACAGUCUGGAGUUUGAGCUGAACGAUUCACUCAAUGCUAACAGUCGUUCUGCAGUACCGGGUGAGUCCAGCACUCCACUGGUUCGUAGCUCUGAGCGCUUGGCCGCUAAACGUCGUGCCUUGGGGGCCGAAUCCCUGGAGACUCUCUACUUCACGCCUUUGGGUCAACAAGGCAACAUGCGUAAAGGGUACCACAAUGAUGCCUUUGAACACAAACUAGAGUCCAGCAUUACUUCCAUUGGCGAUCUUGUGGUUGACUCUGCAAAGAAGUUGACCGCUUCGGCUCGAAGGCGACGUACUACGCAAGUUAUCAACAUCACCAUGGCUAAGACAUCAGGAAGGGCUGAAGACGAGGAGUCAUUUUCUAGUCUGCACUCUGCGCGGUCUCAGCCCAACUUGGCAGUUCAGCAUUCGCGGCCGUUCUCCAUGGACCUCUCGGAGGAAAGUGCUGCAGCUUUAUCAAAAGCAGACCCCCUUCAGAGUCUGCCUGGAUACCGCAGAAGUGCCGUGCAUAACGUUAACCCACCAAGAGCCACCAGUACGUUCUGUAUUGGAUCAGAGAAUGAACCGGAACAUGCUUCUGAUGACUGGAUGCGCAUCGCAGAAUUGCAGGCGCGAAACAAAGCCUGUCUGCCCCACCUGAAGAGCAGCUACCCGCUGGAGUCCAGGCCCAGCCUGGGUCCCUCGUUCGCCAUAACAGACGAGGACCUGCGAAUGGGAGACCCGGAUGAGACGAUCCGACGUGCGUCCAUGAUGCCAGCUCAGAUCCUGGAGUCCCUGAACUCUCGCCGCUUCUCUCUUGCACCGAGUUCGAGCCAGAGCUCCGCGAACUCCCAGCCUCAGCGCGCCACCAUGUUGCCGGGUCAGAUCCGGUCCAGCACUGCUGCUCACCGGGCCGCUCAGCUCACAAAAACAAGCUCACGUGCUUCAGAAAAUAAGCGCAGCCCGUUGGCUCCCAAACGCCCUGGAUCCCAACUACAAGGUCCAGACACGCCUGAGGCAAAGAAGCUGGCAAGUUGCUUCCCACGACCAAUGACACCUAAAGCCAGGUUCGGCAACAGUCAAAACAGACCUCCAAAGUCGCCGGCCGAUCGAAGGCAGUCUUUGAUGUUCACUGUUGUAAAUACUCCAAAGAACAGCGGACGUGGUGACAGCAGGCUGCAGCGCGGCCUCAACAAGCUGCGUAACAGCGCACGCAAAUCUCCCGCCGUGGCCAGUCGUGCCCAGCGUUCAGCCAAGUCUCCUCUUACCCCCACCCCCACAAAG